UAAAACAUCGUGGUUGUUUGAUUUGUUCUGUACUUGCACUUUGCAUUUCAUAUUUACUGGUUAAUGUUCUAACCUGCAUCAAAAAUUUACCAUUGCUAUUCCCCUUUUUAUCAUCUAGUAUGCUAUACCAAAUAACUAAUUGCUACUUCUUGGCUUUUAUGAUAACUCUGUUAUAGACAUACACGUCAAUGAGCCAGAAGGGGACAUUUUGAUAUUUAUGACUGGACAGGAUGAUAUAGAGAAGUUGGUUUCGAAAUUGGAGGAAAAAAUUCGAAACCUUGAGGCAGGAUCUUGUAUGGAUGCCAUAGUCCUUCCGCUUCAUGGUUCUUUGCCACCUGAAAUGCAGGUGCGAGUGUUUAGUCCUCCUCCUCCAAACUGUAGGCGUUUUAUUGUGGCUACAAACAUUGGUGAAACGUCUUUGACUGUUGAUGGUGUUGUGUAAGAGAUUCUAUUUUUGCCAGAAAGUUUGCUAUUUUGUCAACUUUGAUGUCACUAAUUAGUUACCUUGUAGGCUAAUCUUUACGUAUGUA